AUGGCCUACCCGGCGGAUUUCGAGGCACAAGCCGAAGAGGAGCUAAGAGGCUACCUCGCGCCCCAUCAGCCAGAGCUCGCUCCUCGCCUCGCCAAGCGCUUGGCGCAGCGGCCGCGAAGCGAACUGGAGACCCUCCUGGAUGCAUUCCGCAACGCGUCAGCCACGCCGCUGCUGCGCCGCGCGGUGGAUGAAGCACUUGCGGAGGAACUCGGAUCCACGGGCCUCGUAGCAAGCCCUUCCCCAUCGGGUCCUCGGGAAGACCGACCCCGGCCAUGGACGGGAAAAGGCCGAGAGACCGAGGACCGGCUCCCACGCCGGCAUGCCAAGGCAAUGGCUGCAAGCCACAGCAUCCUUGAGCGCAUCGCAUCGCUUCAGCCAGAGCUCUCGCCGAAGCUUUUGGAGUUCAUUGAAAGGCAGGGCGACCAAGUCGUCAAUGAAUGCAUGCACUCGGAUGCAGCGCUGCGACAGCAGGUGGAGGCGGGCUUGGUCGAGUUGUUCUCUGCAGAGGAAAAAGCUGCAGAUCCUGGAGCAUCGCAGAUCUUCCGAUCAGGGCCGGGGCACCGGCUACCAGGUGGCAACAACGCGAAAGCUGAAGGGGUGCGCACGAUUAAAGCUUCGGUUCGGAUGCCAGCGGCGCCACCGAAGGCCACAGCCGAGGUGCCUCCCGCCCCUCCGAAGUUCGCGACGGCUGGCUACUCCUCCACAUCUCAGGACGGAUAUUCCCGGUGA